AUGUCCGACCCGUCCAAGACUGCUUCGAACGAGAGACGGUCCACCACAGUGCGCCCAACAUCGCAGUCCCUCACGCAGUGGCUCGACGAAGCUUGCCAGUCCAACGUUACUCUACGCCUGUCCACCGCAACAAAGCCCGCGUCUCCCCAAGAGCGUGUGAGCGAGAAGAGGAUGGAUGCACUGGCUGCCAUGCGGCAGUUCGACAGGGAUAUGAAUAAGAAGCCCUGA